UCUGCCUCUCCAUAGAAUGCACACUCAAACAUUCCAACAAAUGUUUCACUCGAUUUUGAACUUGGCUGGUUAAAAAGUUGCACAUUUAUGCAGUAAAAUAAGGGAAGCACAUGAAAAGCUUGUUCUGCGCUUUAUGGGCGUUGCUGGUCCAUUUAUAUCGCAUGACUCCAGGGUGGGUUUCUCUUUCACACAGAUGUUCUUUUGGGACAAGCAUCUUUUAUAAAAGUGUAAUCAGUCAUGGAGAGUCUCUCUCGUGCUAACAGUCUCUUCGCUCUGGAUCUCUAUCGGACUCUGAGCGAGAGCAACACUGAGGGAAACAUGUUCUUUUCCCCACUGAGCAUCAGCGCAGCGCUCAGCAUGGUCUACUUGGGAGCCCGAGGAGACACUGCCAAAGAAAUGGAAAAGGUUUUGUCCUUCAGUUCCGUCUCUGAUGUUCACUCUCAUUUUGAGAGCCUCACCUCAGCAAUCAACAGUCCAUCAGCUUCCUAUAUCCUCAGACUGGCCAACCGUCUCUACGGAGAGAAAACCUUCAGCUUCUUACCUGAGUAUUUGGACUCCACUCUGAAGCUGUACCACGCGGACCUUCAGGCUGUGGACUUCAUUGGAGCAUCUGACGAGUCACGACAGCUCAUUAACAAAUGGGUGGAAGAGCAGACAGAGAAUAAAAUCAAAGACCUUAUCAAGCCAGGAAUGAUGACCGGAAUGACCCGACUAGCUCUGGUUAAUGCCAUCUAUUUCAAAGGGAAUUGGCUACAGAAAUUUAAUGCUCAAGACACUAAAGAAAUGCCAUUUAAAAUGAACCAGAAUGAGCGCCGGCCAGUGCAAAUGAUGUACCAGAAGAAAAAGUUCCCCUUAAACUAUGUCUGUGACCACCGCUUGCAAGUGCUGGAGUUGCCAUACGUAAAGGAGGAGCUCAGCAUGUUGAUCCUUCUUCCUGAGGAAAGUCAGGAUGGCUCUGACCCUCUUCAUAAGCUGGAGAGCGAGCUGACCCUUGAUAAGCUGCAUGAAUGGACCAACAGAAACAAUAUGGACACCCACACAGAGAUCAUAGUCCACUUGCCAAAGUUCAAGCUGGAGGUUGAGAGCUCCUUAGCAGAAAUAUUGAUGGGGAUGGGGAUGACCUCUGUGUUUCAGGGUCCAAAGGCUGAUCUGACAGGCAUGAGCAGUCAGGGUGGCCUCUUCCUUUCGGCAGUGGCCCACAAGGCCUUUGUGGAUGUAAAUGAAGAAGGCACAGAGGCAGCAGCCGCUACGGCAGCCAUUGUGGCAUUCUGUAUGUUACGAGAGGAGCACUUCAUGGCAGAUCACCCCUUCUUGUUCUUCAUCAGGCACAAUCCCACCAACAGCAUCCUCUUCUUCGGAAGAUUCAGAGGCCCAUCUUAAAUAUGUGAUGUUUGUCUGUCUAACAACAAAAUAAACAAUAAAUACUAGUAUUUAGAUGU